AAUUACACAGUGAUAUUUCUACCCCAGACUCCAAGAGAAUGAUAUAGAUAUUAUCCUCAGCACUACUGCCAGCUUAUUAUUCCCUUCUUUGUCUUUCAUAUAAAGGUAGCUUGGUUGAGAUGAGAUAGGUCCUGUUGUGCCUUGUAUCAGCGCACCCAUUUCAUAAACAUGUUCGAAAAAUCACUAUACGACCUGAUAAAAGGUCUACGAAAUCAUCGGGGGGCAGAGGAAGAAUAUGUCCAAAACAGCAUACGGGAAUGUAGAGUUGAGAUCAAGUCACAGGACAUGGAUAAGAAAGCAACCGCGGUUUUGAAACUCAUAUAUCUCGAAAUGUUUGGCUAUGAUAUGUCCUGGGCGUCCUUUCAUGUGCUAGAGGUUAUGUCGUCUAGUAAAUAUCUACAGAAACGAGUUGGGUAUCUUGGAGCAGUCCAGAGCUUUCGGCCUGAUACUGAAGUUCUAAUGCUAGCUACAAAUCUUCUGAAAAAGGACAUAAUAUCUUCAACCAUUCCGAAUAUUUCCCUCCCAAUCGCCGCGCUCUCGCACAUAAUCACACCAUCGCUUGCGUCUUCGUUGCUUGCGGACAUUCUGCCUCGACUUUCUCACACAAAUGCGGCUAUUCGUAAGAAGGCGGUUGUUUGCCUCUAUAGGAUUGCUCUGGUUUACCCCGAUGCGCUAAGGCUAGCAUGGCCAAAGAUCGGGGAACGGUUGAUGGACGAGCAUGAAGAUACGAGUGUCACCACGGCAGUCAUUAACGUUGUAUGUGAGUUUGGAUGGAGACGGCCGCAGGAUUUCCUUCCUCUAGCGCCCCGGCUAUUCGAACUACUUGUUGAUGGUGGAAACAACUGGAUGGCUAUCAAGAUCAUAAAACUUUUCGCGUCUCUGACACCGUUAGAGCCAAGGCUCGUGCGUAAGCUUUUGCGGCCGUUGACGAAUAUAAUCCAAACAACGAGCGCCAUGUCUUUACUUUACGAGUGCAUAAAUGGUAUAAUACAAGGAGGAAUUUUGGAUGGAAAUGACAAUCUGCGAGAAAGAGAUGAAGUUGCCAAAUUGUGUGUUGACAAACUUCGAGGCAUGAUAGUCAUUGAUGGCGAUCCAAAUCUUAAAUAUGUUGCACUGCUGGCAUUUAACCGGAUCGUUGUCACGCAUCCUCUAUUUGUUUCAAUGCAACAGGAUGUGAUAAUGGGCUGCUUAGAAGAUGCAGAUAUAUCAAUCCGACUCCAGGCACUGGAGUUAUUGGAAGGGAUGGUCAGCAGCGACACACUUCAAUUUGUUGUCAAUCGUCUCCUUGAUCAAAUACGCAGAUCUCCCUCACUUGAUUCUGGGAUAAGUGCUACGAACAAUGGAGAUUUGGAUGAUCACACACAUCUGGGUUCUACCAAUGAGCACAACUUUACUCAACAAGAAAGUACGCAACUACAGGAUCCCAAAAAGUUUCAACGCCUUCCCAUUGAAUACAAACUUCAAGUUGCGCAUCGUAUACUGGAAAUGUGCUCACGAGACAACUAUUCGGAGUUAAGCGACUUUGAAUGGUACUUGGAAGUUUUGAUACAAUUGAUAAAGUCAAUCCCUCUGGAAGCCCCGAUAAUCAAUAUGGAUUCUUCAUUCACCAACGGUGAUUCAUUGGAUGAUAUCAAAGAAGACAUUCCAGCCCGAAUUGGCUGCGAAGUACGGAACAUUGCGGUCCGGGUGAGAAGUAUCAGACUACAAGCGACUAGGGCAGCAGAAUCUCUUAUUGUCUCGAAUGCCAGGUCAUCAUUGUGCUCGACUGGAUUCGGCACCAACAGCGAUGUUUUAGGGCCCCUAGCAUGGGUUGUCGGCGAAUUCGCUGAAUAUCUCUCAGACUCUGAGGCCACUUUGAGAGCGUUAGUUGAAAGUUCUAGCCCGAAGUUACCCGCAAGAACUUUGUCAUUGUAUCUGCAAGCCAUUCCCAAAAUCUUCCUUCAUCUCACAGUUGAUACCCAAUCGUGGGAUAGUCUGUGGAAAAGCAAAAUCUCACUUUUGCUGAAUCAAGUACUCUCUUUCCUGGACACUCUUUCAGUGCAUCCAGACCUAGAUGUACAAGAAAGGGCCAUGGAAUUUCUCGAGAUUCUUCGCUUGAUAGCCGAGGCUAUUCGUGCAGGUUCCACUGAAUCGAAAGAGCCGCCCUCACUUCUAUCCUCUGGCAUACGGACGUUCUUCUCUGGACUUGAGCUCAAUUCUGUUGCUGCCAAUGCACAGAAGAAGGUUCCAACUCCGGAUUAUCUUUCGUUAGACGAAACAUUGAAUAACAACCUUUUCACUCUAUUCAUGAGUAAUGACGGAUGGUCUCUCAACCAAAACGAUCUCUUGCCUUCCCAGGAUUUCUAUUAUCUUGGGGAUGCUGCCAUCGCUGUGACACAGGCACCUGAGUCAAUUAAUCCCGAUACCCAACAAACGGUACCUUACCAAGAACUACAGCCUGGUCACAGAGGCGAGCCUUUUGCAGUUGCUAGACGGAAGGCUGAGCGGCGAGAGCGCAACAAAGAUGAUCCCUUCUACAUUGGAUUUCAUAGCGAGUCAUCGGGAAGAUCCACACCCUUUUAUAAGGCAUCCAGCGCUACGAAUGGCGAGGAGCUGGAUGUAGAUUCUAUUCCAAUCGUCGAUCUUAACAUCGAAAGUGGAGCGACACGAUCUGCAGUAACACCAGAUGUUCUGGGAUAUGGGAAAAAGCCUCGAGCCCGCGUGAAGAAGUUCGAGAUUGCUACGGAGGAGACCGUCGAUUGGGCCAAUGACAAUGGUCAGAAUCCUGCCCACGAAGCUACUACUGAGGUUCCAAAGGUCAAACGAUCUUUACUUCAGGUUGACUCGAGUGGCCUGGAAGACUUCUCGCUAGAAAAAGGCCCAGAGUCUCGAGAGGAACAUACCGAUGGUGUGGAAAUGUCCAAGGCAAUGCAGAAGAUUGAACAGUUUCGUUUAGAGAUGCAGCGAAGCUCGGAACGUAUCCAUCUAGAAGGCAUUCCCACGGACGGGGCAAUUGUGAAAAAGAAGAAGAAGAAGUCAAAAAGGGAGCCAAAGACAGAACCUGGAACAGCUGCCUCCAUAGUACUUGAGGCAGGUACUGUAUCACAUGGAGAUGCAAAUGGCGAUGGACGAGGUUCCCCUACCAAGAAACGCAAAAAUCCAAUAACCACAAAGAAGGCGAAGAAGCAGCAGGUGGAAUCUGAGGGACUCUAGUAACUAAUGAGGUACCUAUAGAAAGAGGCUAUUUACUUACUGGUCAAUAUAGUAUAAGGAUUGCGGCUAGCUAUAAUUUUAACAGAUAAGUACUGCACGUUGCUUUGUUACAAGGCGGUGCUUUGCAAGACCUUAUCUCGAAACCCAAGCCCAAUAACAAAAUCUAACCUUGCGUGGUG